AUGCCCCCAUCGACGUUACGCUCCGACAGCUCCGACAGCGACGACGAACCUAUCGUCCAUCCUCCCUCCCGACUCCAGGACACAGCAUUCGCCAUCCUCGAUGAGUCAUUCGCGGCAUUGAUCAAGGCUCUCGAUCCCGCGCUCGAAGCGAGCACGAAUGACCCCCAAGAGUACGCCACUCGUACGAAGAUCGACAAGGCUGUCACAUUGGUACGCAAUGUCGGCGCAGUCCUCAUCGGCGGACGGGACGAUUUCGAGAAUGCCCUGCAGGGAGAUUGGGAGGGCAACGUGGAGGCUGCCAUGGACCUGCUUGACGAGACCUUGGAGGAUCCAGGAGAAAUUUGUGACGAGCAUGUCGCAAGACUGGCGCAGCUGAUCGCCACGAAAGUCUGGCAGACCGCGAAGUCCCGCAAACUGAGCCUACGCCUUCCCCCGUGGCAAUCUCUGGAACUCCGACGAAUCGCAGAACUCGCUCCAUUCUUCGACGCCCUCAAGCCUGACAUGGACAUCAAGGGCGACAGUGACGACGAAGACGCUGAUGGUGAUACGCGGGUCGGAAACGAUACUGAGACCAUCACUGGCGCCACGCAGACCGAAGGGGACACUGCGACCGUCACCGGCAACACAUUGGCCGAUGAUGACCGUGCGACCAUUUCGGGUUUUCAGUCCGAGUCUCGCAUCCCAUGCAAAGGGACCUUCAAUGAUAUCAUGGCCAGGAAGGUCUUCGAUUACCUCGGCGGAGGCCGUGAGCUGGGCCAGAGUCUCGACGUGCAGCUCUAUGCACUGGAACAAGCCGAGAUCCUUCCCGCGGAUGUGCGAGAUACGGUCGAGCUCUUGAGGUGGAUGGAGACCGCGGGUGUCAGUCUAUCGAGCAGCGGCGGAGCCUGA